AUCUUCUUCUUCGUUACUACCCUUCACCGGUAAGAAAAUCUGGGUUUCUGAUUUGAUCCAUUUCAAAAAAUUGCGGAUUCUGAUCUUAUUUCUGAUUGAUAGACUUUGAUUCGGGUUGCGAGGACAUUGUGUGGGGAUAGUUGGCGAGAUUUUUAAGGGGAUUCAACGGGGGAUAUAGUGCACACAUGUUGUUCGACGAAAAGCCGCAGAGAGAUUUGUGUAGCUGUGUGAUUUGACUGAGACUCAAAAUUCUGAAAAUUGUUGCUUGGGUUUUUUAGAAGUUCGAAUGGUGAUAUUGUCUCUUUCGAGUAAGAGGUACACUUACAUACAUGAAAGUGGAAGUAAGCCAACUAGAGAAGCCGUGGACACUCACCAUGUGAUCAUCAAGGGAAGCAGAGCAACUGGUUAUGCUAGUCGUAGGGGGAUUGGUUUCUUCCUGGUGCUUUUAGCGAGUUCUAUUUACUUUUUGCUUGGAAAGGACAAUCCAGUAAGAAGUCUUUCUUGGUUCUGCCUCUUAAGUGGUUUCUUAGUUAUGCUACAAAGUCGGAAGUUUGUCAAGAAAGAAUCUGUUAUAAUCAUGCCAACCUUUGGGAUCCAGCUUGAAACUCAAUAUUUAAGUGGAAAAACUGUCUCCAGGUUUAUCCCUAUUGGCAAGAUUUUGAAGCCUGUGCUGGUUGAAUGUGUCACCCCCGUUACAUGUUACUGGAGUCUCUCCUUAUUUCUGCGUGGCGAAGAACAACUUACAUUGGUGUUUAAGGAACUGCGACCCCCAUUGAAGAUGUUGGUUCCCAUUUGGAAAGCGUUGUGUGCUGUUAUCGGCACUGACCAAAGUAAAACCAUAGCUGAAGAAGAUGUUGUAUCUGGUUAAGCAUCUACAUCUGAACAUCCACUGGCCACGAUCCACUACAAGAGAAGCACUAAAAGUUGUGAUCACACAAUGUGUUCUGUAAUGUGAGAAUUUUACUUACAAAAUAAAACUCGUGGCUGGUGAACUUUUGGGCCAUGGAUCGUUUAUCAGUUAUAAACUUUUCUUUUGUAUAUUAAUCGAAUGAAAAGAAUACAAUGAGUGAGUUUUAUCA